GAGGGCGGUGUGGGUUGUGGGGCCCUUUUCGGUCUGUUCGGGCCCCACGGCCGGACACUGUGCGGCCUCUGGAAGCGGUGCAGCCAUUUCCCGACCGGUGCAGCCGCCCUUUCCGACCGGUGCCCUCCCCUGCACGGCCUUGCCGGCUCCUCGGCCGGGAGGCGCGGAGCAGGGUUCUGUGGUGGCUGAGGCGGGGCGGCAGCACUCCGUGUCAGGGCAGCCGCGACCUUGUCAAGGGGAAGAGCUCUCGGUGGUGACCUGCAGGAGGGACAGUUUGGCCAGAGGGGUGUCCCUUACCGGUCUAUGUGCGUGCUCCUCGUGAAAGAUUGCCUAUCCUGCUUGCUUAAGAGCAGGUGAUUCUGGCCCAGUCAUCAUGGCUUGUGCUACUAUUCAUGUGGGUUUGACUGUUCCUCAGUUACUGAGAGGUGCCAGCAGAAUUCUUCCAACUCAUUCUGCAUUGGUGGUGUUGAGGCACUCUGCUUUUUGUUACUGCACAGUGAACAGCACAAUAAAAUCAAAAAGGAAAAUGGAUCAUCUAGAGAGGACAGCAAACAAUUUUCGCCAGGAGGCAAUUUCACAAGCAAAAGUGUGUGGAAUCAGCAAUGAAUCGGAGACAGUCAAAAGGCUUCGUUUGGCUAUCACAAAUAAAGAUUUUACUUUCAAAGCAGGACAGUGGGUUGAUUUCUUUAUUCCUGGACUGUCUGUAGUUGGGGGAUUCUCAAUGUGUUCAAGCCCUGGCCUUUUGAAACGAGAAGGAAUAUUAGAGCUGGCAGUAAAGCACACUGAUCAUCCUCCUGCCCACUGGAUUCACACUGAGUGUACUCUUGACUCAGAAGUUGCCCUGCGAGUGGGAGGUGAUUUCUUCUUUGAUCCUCAGCCUGGUGACUCCCCUGUAAAACUAGUGCUGAUAGCAGGGGGUGUUGGAAUUAACCCAUUGUUUUCUAUACUGCUGCAUAUAGCAGAUCUGCAUGGAUACCAAGAUGGUAAAGGAAAUGGAUACAAAAUGGGAACAGUGAAGCUGUACUACAGUGCAAAAAAUUCAAGUCAACUCUUAUUUAAGAAAAACAUUCUUGGUUUGAUGAAUGCAUUUCCUGGAAAGAUCAUGUGUCAUUUCCACGUCACCCAGCAGAGCUCACCCAUCUGCGAAGAGCUUCGGCCACAUGUUACAGAGGGAAGAAUAUCUCAAAAGGAUCUAGAAAAACAUGUGUCCGAGGAUACUCUAUGGUACAUCUGCGGUCCACCUCCGAUGAUAGAAUCCAUAUCCAAACUGCUGUCUGACAUUGGUGUCCCUAGAAACUGUAUUUUCUUUGAGAAAUGGUGGUAGCGACACCUGCUGAACAGAGAAGAUGAUACUGUUGGUUUUUUUUCUAGUGUAUUUUGAUAAGCUAAAAUAUACAGAAAUGGACUAUGAAUAAUUUGGAAGAUUCUGUUUCACACAGGAAGAUGUCCUCAAUCACGAGAAUGUUCCUUUAAUGUAACCAUAAUACAACUGUAAUGCUGCUGCUGCUUUUGUGGAAAAAAAUGAUUUUAUAUUAAAGACAUCAACUCUUCUGUUU